AUGACCAACGAAACAGCUUUAACAUUGGCUGCUGCAUUCAUCGGUUCUUCGUAUUUUUUGUAUUGUAAACUUUUAAAAUCUCAAAAACUUUCACUUCCAAAUGGUCUUUCUGUGGAUAAACAAGCCGUUGAAGUUAAGGGACAACCAGGAGUCUGGAAAAGUGCGUUGAUGGAAAAUGAGAAUGACGAUGUGUUGACGAGAUUCUAUCCAGAAGUUGCCACGAUUCAUGACGUCUUCUUGAAAGGAAAAAAGGAGAGCAAAGGUGGAGCAUGCGUUGGAACCAGAGCAAGCGCCACUUCUGAAUAUGACUUCUUGAGUUACGAUGAGGUUCAUGAUAAGGCCCAAAAGUUGUCAAUGGCUUUGAUUCAUGAGUUUGGACUCAAACCAGGAAACACCACAAACAUUGGAAUCUAUGCCCGUAACUCUCCUCAAUGGCUAAUCAGUGCAUUGGCCUGCAUUGAACAGUCAAUGGUAGUGGUUCCAUUAUACGAUACCCUUGGUGCAGAGGCAGCAUCAUUCAUUGUGUCUCAAGCGGAAAUUGAAGUGGUCAUUGUGGAUAAUUUCAAGAAGGCAGAGUGUUUGAUCCAAAAUCGCGAAAAAAUGCCAACGUUGAAACAUGUUAUUGUAAUUGAUAGUGCUGAAUUGGUAGAGGGAAUGACCACCUUCGAUACCAUCCGUCUAGAAUCUUUCGACAAUGCUAUCACUCUUGGAAGCCAAUACGAAUUCACGAACAACCUUCCGAAACCAGAAGACACUUACAUCAUCUGUUACACUUCUGGAACCACUGGAACCCCGAAAGGUGUCAUGUUGACCCACGAGAAUAUUGUGGCGAAUAUCAGUGGAUUCUUGAAGAUUCUAUUUGCAUUCCAACCAUCUAUGAUUGAUGCGACACAGGUUCAUAUCUCCUACCUCCCACUGUCUCAUAUGAUGGAGCAACUCACUCAUUGGACACUUUUGGGAUUCGGAUCCAAAAUCGGUUAUUUCCGUGGAAGUAUUCAAGGACUGACUGAUGAUAUCAAGUCUCUGAAGCCUACAGUAUUCCCAGUAGUACCACGUCUUUUGAACAGGCUUUAUGAUGCGAUUACGAGCAAAGUCCAACAACAAGGAUUCAUGGCAAAACUAGUCUACAACAUUGCGUUCGCUCGAAAACUCAAACAAGUUCGUGCGGGAAAAGUUGGAAGAGACACAAUCUGGGAUCGUCUCGUCUUCAGAAAGAUUCAAGAGCAAAUCGGAGGAAAAGUGGAUUUGAUGGUCACAGGAUCCGCUCCAAUCUCCUCGACGGUUCUUGAAACUUGUCGUGUGACUCUUGGAGCCACAAUUGUUGAGGGAUACGGACAAACUGAGUGUACUGCUCUAGCCACGUUCACUUGGAUGGGUGACCCAAGUACUGGCCAUUGUGGAGCACCGGCUCCGUGUGCAUUAGUAAAGUUGGGCGAUGUUCCAGAUUUGAAUUACUAUGCGAAGGAUGGGAAGGGAGAGAUUCGUAUCAAGGGACCAUGUGUUACAAAGGGAUACUACAAGGAUCCAGAACGUACUGCCGAGCUUUUUGAUGAGGAAGGAUUCCUGCAAACCGGAGAUAUUGGAGAGAUGCUUCCAAAUGGAACCAUUCGAAUUAUCGAUAGAAAGAAGCACAUUUUCAAGUUGGCACAAGGAGAAUACGUGGCACCGGAGAAGAUUGAGCAGGUCUAUAUCAGAACACCAGUUGCUCAACAGGUUUAUGUCGAUGGAGAUAGUUUGGAGAGAUGGCUCAUCGCCGUGGUAGUCCCAGAGCCUGAUGUGAUUAUGGAGUGGAAUGAGAAGCAAGGAGCUGGUUCAAGAACGAUCGAAGAAAUCUGCCAGGAUGAAAAAGCAAAAGAAUUUGUGCUCAGUGAGCUGCAUGCAAUUGGAAAAGCCAACAAAUUGAAUUCUAUUGAACAGGUCAAAAAAGUUAUUCUAACCUCUGACGCCUUCACUGUGGAAAAUGGACUUUUGACACCAACUCUAAAAGCAAAACGACCACAACUGAGGCUGAAAUAUAAGGAUGGAAUGGCUAAAGUUUAUAAACAAUUCCCGAAUUUAUAA